AAUCCACAAUAUAAAAAUACAGCAAACCCAUCAUUUUCAUCACCCCAAACCGCUGUUUCUUUAUCUCUUUUCUGCUUAUUUUGGGGGUUAAUCUUGCGUACCGACAUUCUUGAAACGAGUAUGUAUAUGUGGAAGAGAUUUGAGCUAUAAAGAUUUGAGUUCUUGGUUUAUGGGAGUGUAAAUGGGUUCACUUGAAACUGCGCUGGCAUUGAAGAGGGACCAUAAUUUACAGCGUUCUUCAUCUGCUCGGAGCUCUAACAGUAUUGGAUUUUCGGGGCAAAGGAGCAGAUCAAGAUUUGCAAGAGCUUUCCUUUUCAAGAAAAUUGAUUAUCUCCAGCUGAUCUGCGCGGUUGCUGUAUUCUUCUUCUUCAUUUUCUUCUUCCAGAUUUUCUUCUUGCCAGGCUCGGUAAUUGAAGAUGGAAACAAAUCUGGGAUAGCCCGUGACUUGUUUCGGAGGAAUUCUGGUGUAAUUUCCGAGGAGUUUUCGUUCCUGAAAGAGUUGGAUUUUGGUGAAGAUUUGAGCUUUGAGCCUUUGAAAAUUGCUGAGAAGUUUCGGAAGAAUGGUACUGUUGUGAAUGAGAGUACAUUUGUGAGAUUUGGAUACAGAAAACCGAAGAUUGCUUUGGUUUUUGCUGAUCUAUGGGUUGAUCAACAUCAAAUACUAAUGGCUACUGUUGCUACUGCUUUGCUGGAGAUUGGAUAUGAAAUUGAGGUAUUCACUCUGGAGGAUGGUCCAGCACAUGCUGUCUGGAGAGAUAUUCAUGUUACUGUCAAUGCAGCUGACAAGGAUAUGAAGUUUGCUGUCGAUUGGCUGAACUAUGAUGCUCUUCUUGUGAAUUCGAUUAAUGCUGUUGGGUUCUUACCUUGUCUUAUGCAGGAACCUUUCAGAAAUGUUCCUGUUGUAUGGACCAUCCACGAACAAACACUUGCCGACCGAUUAAGACAAUAUGUUUCAAGAGGCCAGAGUGAGCCGAUUGAUAUGUGGAGAAAAUACUUUAGCCGGGCCACAGUUGUUGUCUUCCCAAACCAUAUCCUGCCGAUUGCAUAUUCAAUGUGUGAUCCUGGAAAUUACUUCGUCAUCCCUGGCUCCCCGGAAGAAGCUUGGAAAGCUGAAAAGCAAAAGGCUUUAGGUCGAGAGAAUAUACGCCUGAAAAUGGAAUAUGGACCAGAUGAUUUUGUUGUUGCAGUUGUGGGCAGUCAACUAUCAUAUAGAGGAUUGUGGCUCGAGCAUGCCUUUGUUUUAAAGGCUUUAUACCCGCUAUAUAUGGACUUUGGUGAUUCACGUUCUCGUCUUAAAAUCAUAAUCUCAGCUGGCGACUCCACUAGCAACUACAGUAGUAUUGUGGAGACCAUUGCUCUAAAAUUCGGAUAUCCAAAUGAUACGGUGAAGCAUGUUGCUAUGGACCAAAACAUAGAUACUGUGAUAAGUACAGCUGAUCUCGUAGUAUAUGGAUCCUUCCUUGAAGAGCACUCUUUUCCAAGUGUUUUGCUGAAAGCUAUGUGCUUCGAGAAACCUAUAGUAGCUCCUGAUCUACCUGCAAUAAGGAAAUAUGUUAGUGACAAGGUAAACGGCUACCUUUUCCGAAAGGAUGAUAUGAGGGCUCUGACACGGAUCUUGUUGCAAAUGGUCUCAAAUAGUAAACUCUCACUCGUAGCUCAGAAUGCUGCAUCGAUUGGAAAACAUACAGCUAAAAACUUAAUGGUCUCGGAAAGCGUGGAUGGAUAUUCUUCACUAUUGGAAAACAUCCUCACUCUCCCGUCCGAAGUAGCACUACCCCAAGCUGCCAAAAGCAUUCCCAACAAACUGAAAACUGAAUGGAGGUGGUCCCUUUUCGAAGCUAUAGCGGACACCCAUUCUCCUAGUAAAGACGGUGUGGAAGCUGUGGACAAGAUUGAGAAGCUUUUUAAUCAUACCAACGGAGAGAACUCUGUGGCUUUGAUUUUACCAAAUGAAACUUUUUUGUAUUCCAUAUGGGAAGAGCAAAAGUACAUGGAUAUUGCUUACAUGAGAAAGAAAAGAGAAGAUGAAGAGUUGAAGGAUAGAACAGAUCAGCCUCGAGGCACAUGGGAUGAAAUAUAUCGAAGUGCCAGGAGGAGUGAUCGUACGUUGCAUGAAAGAGAUGAAGGAGAACUUGAAAGGACUGCCCAACCACUAUGUAUUUAUGAACCUUACUUUGGAGCAGGAACCUGGCCCUUCUUGCACAACACUUCAUUAUAUAGAGGGCUUGGGCUGUCCUCGAAAGGUAGAAGACCUGGAGGUGAUGAUGUUGAUGGGCCUUCUCGCCUCCCUUUGUUGAACAAUGCCUAUUAUCGAGAGGUCUUAGGAGAAUAUGGAGCCUUUUUCGCAAUUGCUAAUAGGGUUGACCGCAUCCAUAAAAAUGCUUGGAUAGGAUUUCAGUCCUGGAGAGCAACAGCACGCAUGGUAUCUCUGUCCAAGACUGCUGAAAGAUCAUUGUUGGACGCUGUAGAAGCACGAAGGCAUGGGGACACUCUGUACUUCUGGGCCCGGCUCGACAAGGACCCAAGAAACCCAUUGAAACAGGAUUUCUGGUCAUUCUGCGAUGCUAUAAAUGCCGGGAAUUGCCAGUUUGUGUUCUUGGAGUCUCUGAAACAGAUGUAUGGCAUAAAACACAACUUGAGUUCUUUACCCGCCAUGCCUUCGGGUGAUGGCACUUGGUCGGUCAUGCAUUCGUGGGCUCUUCCUACCAAGUCCUUCUUGGAGUUCGUCAUGUUUUCAAGAAUCUUCGUGGAUGCACUUGAUGCACGAUUCCACGAGGAUCACCAAAAACGGGGGAUCUGCUGUCUUGGCAUAUCAAAGGACAAGCAUUGCUACUCUCGUUUGCUCGAAUUGCUAGUAAAUGUUUGGGCAUACCAUAGUGCAAGAAGAAUGGUUUAUGUCGAUCCAGAGAUGGGUUUUAUGCAGGAACAGCAUGGGCUAAAAGGCCGGAGGGGCCAGAUGUGGAUCAAGUGGUUUCAGUUCUCCACUCUUAAAGCCAUGGAUGAGGACUUGGCCGAGGAAUCUGACAUUGACCGCUCAUACAAACGACGGCUGUGGCCAUCAACUGGUGAAGUAAUAUGGCAAGGUACCUAUGAGAAGGAGAGGAAUCUGAAAAAUAAAGAGAAGGAGAAGAGGAGGCAAAAGAGUAAAGAUAAAAUUCAACGAAUACGGAGACGAACUCAUCAAAAAGUGAUCGGGAAGUAUGUGAAGCCGGCAGUGGAGGCAACGACGAAUGCAACGGAUCUUGGUCUGAGGUAGCAUUAAUAUUUUCAUACUAAUUCUUUUGGGUUACCAUUUGUUUCUAUUCUUUUAGGACCAAGAUUUGUGUCCAAGAUAAUAGAGUGCAUCCUUUUGAUUCUUUUCUUUCUCUUUAUUUGGUCAUUUUUUUGUGGCUUGUAAAUGGUAGGUUAGUUUAUAACUACAUUCUAUAUUAUCAACUCUCCCCAUCUUGGAGAUUUGGUAUUUGUUGUACCUUUAGAUAAAAUUUGAAAAGGGAAAUUCUAUUAUUCUA